ACCCACCAACCCACCGCGCCCAACUACAACCCCACGAUCGCACCCGGGGAGCAGGAUCGCCUGCGUCGCCCAACAUGGCGCCCACGGAGACCACCGAGGUACCGGACGAGCCUUCGACGGGCGACUCGUUCGAUGUGCUGAAGCAGAAGCUCGAGCUCGACAUCAGCUUCUGCCCGCGCCGCGUCCAGGGCACCACGACGCUCGACAUCCAGCCCAAGAACUCGCAGCUGCGCGAGAUUGUCCUCAACUGUCGCCAGCUGCGGCCCACGCGCGUCCGCGUCGAGGGCCAGACGGCCGCCUUCAGCUACUCGAACCUGCACCAGCGCCUGACCCUCUACCCCGGCACCGGCCUCGACCAGUACCACUAUGCCAAGGAGCGCAUCUCGCGCCACGUCGACGAGCGCUCCGCCGACGAGCUGGUCAUCUUCGUCCCAGACAAGGCCAAGCCGCGCGAGGUGCGCCCGCAGGAGGCAGGCAUGCCCGAGGACGCCCAGGGCACCUUCUACGCCCCGCUGAAGCUCGAGGUCGACUAUGUCCUGGACGACUUCCGCGAUGCCCUGCACUUUGUCGGCGUCGAGGAUGGCGACGCCCGCUUCCCGCACUGCUAUACGCGCAACUCGCCCUUCCCCGGCACCGCCUCCAGCCUGUUCCCGUGCCUCGACGACGGCUCCUCGCGAUGUCUCUUCGAGCUCUCCAUCCGCUAUCCGCGCACCAUGGGCGACGCUCUCACCAAAGCCCCUUCACCAGUCCCAAGCACGACCGCCCAGCCACUCGCGAACGAGGCAGACAAAGCCGACAGUGUCAUGGCAGACGCCGACGACGACCACGUCGACCUCUCUGACGAGGAAAGGGCCACGGAAAUGUCCGUCAUCUGCUCUGGCGGCUUGACUGACGAUAUUGUGGACCCAAACGACCCCUCACGAAAGACGGCGAGCUUUGCAUGCGAUACCAUGGUUCUUGCUCAGCAUAUAGGCUUUGUCAUCGGGCCUUUUGAGCACGUCAACCUUUCUGAAUACCGAGACACGGCCGACGACGAACGCCUCGGAACAAACGCCAUCAAGGUGCACGCCUUCUGUCUGCCAGGCAAGGAGGACGAGGUCAGAAACAGCGCCAUGAUGCUCGCUCGCUCUCUCGACAGCUUCACUGAGCGCUUCCAGAGCUACGCCUUUGGGAAUGCAUACAAGCUUGCCUUCGUCGACGAUCUCGAAUGCGACACAGCCCAUACGGCCUCCUUCUCCAUUUGCAGCUCCCGCCUGCUCUUCCCAGAGACUGUGUGGGAACCUCUCGAGCAUACGACCAGAGUCCUGGUUCACGCUGUGGCCAGCCAGUGGAUAGGAGUUGAUGUCAUUGCUCAGAGCCCUUACGACUACUGGAUAAUCAUCGGUGGCUCAUGGUUCAUGGCCGAGCUGUAUCUGCGCGAGCUAUUUGGUCGCAACGAUUGGCGAUUCCGGCAAAAGAUGAUGGUCGACAAAGUCACUCAAAUGGACCACAAGCGACCAUCUCUCGUAAACCUAGGCAACUUUCUGCAACUGGACCCCGCCGAGCAGGAGUUCAUGGAGCUUAAGUCUUUACUGGUGUUGGGCAUCCUUCACAAUCGGCUCGUCAAGCAAAGCGGCAAGAAUGGUGUUGAUAGAUGUCUGUACCGCAUGUUGUUCAACGCUCGUCAAGGGAAAUACACCAACGGCGCAAUCAACACGGAUGAUUUCCUCGACAUCUGCGAGAAGGUCGGUCAUCAAAAGCUCGAUGCAUUCUUCAAGCAGUGGAUCGAAGGCUCAGGCUGCCCUACCUUUGAAUGCUUUCCCACCUUCAAUAAAAAGAAGCAGGUUGUGCAGCUUACAAUCAAACAAAUACAGGCCGACUCAUCGAUCACGACUAUUGAGAGCCCUCUUGCUGCGGAUGACUUCAUGCGAGAAGCCAAAGAACGUUCACGCCAAUUUAAUCCAAGGCAACAAUGGCCCGUUUUUGUCGGUCCAAUGACCAUUCGUAUACACGAAGCGGACGGAACGCCUUAUGAACACAUAGUCGAUAUCAACUCAUCAAACGUCAAAGUGGAGAUCCCGUACAACACGAAGUACAAGCGAUUAAAGCGGAACAAGCUCAAUCGCGAGCGACAGGAUGCUGCAGCAAACUUAAAUGCGUCAGGAGAAGCCCAGGAAGAUGUCACCUUCUACAUGUUGGGAGAUCUCUUCACGAAUGCCCAAGACCACGAGGAAUGGCGACUAGAUGACUGGCCGCCAGAGGACGAGGCGAAACAGGAACAAGAGCAUUACGAGUGGAUUCGCGUCGAUGCAGAUUUCGAGUGGAUCGCCAAAGCUCACAUCAAUGACAUGCCAUCGUACAUGUAUAUCUCACAACUGCAGCAGGACAAGGAUGUUGUUGCACAGGCCGAGUCUAUACAAUUUCUUGCUACGAGAGAAGGUCACAGACUCAUCUCUACUUUUUUGAUCAAAACGUUGAUGGACAAUCGAUACUUCCACGGCAUACGGACGAUGGCCGCUGAAGUCAUGGCACAAAGCGCUAAGCAGAGAACGGACUGGGUCGGGCUCUUCCACCUGAAGAAGGCUUUCCGCGAGCUCUUCUGUAUCCCAGGGUCGCCAAUGACACGAGCGAACGACUUCUCCGACCGGAGCUCUUACUUGAUCCAGUGUGCUAUUCCGAAAGCAAUUGCGAAGAUCAAAGGCGAGGAUGGAAAAGUCCCCAUGGAGGCGAAGCGCUUCUUGCUCGAUAUCAUACGGUAUAACGACAACCGUGGAAACGACUACAGCGACGAUCAUUACAUCUCAAUGCUGAUGAAUUGCCUGGCAGAAUCACUGACAAGUACGACGACUGGCAUGGAUGACUCCUUCAACUUUGCUCAGCAAGCAGAAGAGUUCGAGUUUGCUAAGAAGGCUAUUGAGGAGCUUACUCGUCACCAGCGCCUUGACGAAUGGAUUCCUACGUAUCAAAACAUAUACACCACAACUGCCCUUGACUGUGCUAUGAAGCUCAGCAUGAAUCGGGUAACACCAUUCAAGCCUUCGGAGUUUCUGCAAUAUGCUCAACUGGGCAAUGCGGACAAUGUUCGAUUGAAGGCGUGGGAGUGUCUCAUUCGCCUGGGCAUGGUUCGCAAGGACAGCAUUAUGAAGUUCAUGAUUCAUGAAAUUCGGUCGGAUCCUUCGCCCUAUUUCAGGAGACAACUGCUUGGCGUCUUCGAUGUGGCCGUUGGACAGAUAGCUACCGGCGAUGUCUUCGUCCCAGAGAGGAUUGCCGAUCACGCUACUGACGCUUUGAUCGUUGAAUCAGAUGCCGAUGGUGCUGAUCGAGCAUCAAACAUAGCUCGCCAGCAGUUGGACGGCGCACUCAAGGGGCUGCAGGGUGACCUGGUGAAUAACCAGACGUUACGCGCUGCGCUGGAAGAGGCCUUGAAGUCGACAACACUAUCAGUCAACGAUAUGUCCGACCUGUUAGAAUUCUGCGACAUUGUAUACAAGGGCCGUAAGAAGAAUGCACUACACGUUACUCUACACUUGCCACGUUACUGGAAAGCGCAGCAUGUUGGCUCGGCAAGGGUUCGCUUCUGGCAGAUUGAAAAGUUCCGGUCCAAGCCGAUACGACCUCUGGUCGAAGAAGCUCCAGCUUCGCUACCGCGCGAGGCGCCGUUGGAACAACCACCACCGCUGGCACUACCGGCUCCUCCGCCGCCUGUGAUGACUGCGACGACUGCGACGACGGCAACAACAACAGCGACAGCAGCUACGACAACUCCAACGAUGACGACUCCCCUUGUAGCGCCCCCUAAACAGAAGCUGUCACUCAAGAUCGCCACGAAGCCCAAGUCUGCCGUGUCGCCUCCGCCUGUGCAUUCAGCGCUGCCCGACUUUGGGAACCAGUCUCGCGCCUUUUCUCCAGCUAUUCGGGAUUCUCCUGCGUUGAUGUCAGCAAGAGCCUCGCCAGUGCCUCUACCUCCCGCUCCGAAAAUCAAGAUCAAGCAAGAGUCGCGAGCGCCUUCUCGAGUACCGACUCCACGCGUGUCGCCCGCUCCAGCAGACAGAUCCCAACCAAAGGUCCCGACUCCAGCCCCAAUUACUCAAAAACCUAUCCCUACGCCAGCCGUCGCUCCUCCGGCCCAAACGCCGGCUCCUCCUGCAGCCACACCUACACCAACGCAGCCAAAGCCGAAACCCACACCCGUCCACGUCCCCGCCGCUCCAACACCCCCCGCAAUCAACUCUCCCAUCCCGCUCCCCGCGCCAAAACUCAAAAUCAAAACAAAACUCGCAAACCCCUCCUCUUCGGCCGCUUCUCCUCGCCCAAGCGCUGCGCCUUCUCCCCGCCCCCUCGCUGCCCCCUCGCCGCGACCUAGCGUUGCGCCGUCCCCUCGCCCCAGCGCCGCUCCACCCGCACGGCCCAACGCCGCGCUUCCACCCCGGCCGAGCGCCAAUCCUGCGCCCCGUCCCUCAAGCACGAAUGCACUUGCAGCCGGCAACGCGGGGCUCAAGCCGCCGCGCCCAAAGCGGAGUAAGAUCGUCAAGCUGCGUCUUGCGCCCGAGGUGCUGGCGCGGUUCGCGAGCGACAAGAGCGACAAGAGUAAGAAGAGGAAAGUUAUCGGUGGGCAUGCCGGAGACGAGCGCCCGUUCAAGAGACAGAGUCUGGAACUUGGUGGGGCGAGUGCAGGGAAAUUGGUCAAGGUCGAGAGGUAUGGAGGUGAUCAGCCGAGGCUGGUUGUUCGUAUUCGGAUUGGGCGCGCGAGGUUGCCUCCUGAGUGAUGGGAAUCUACCGCAGCUGGAGAUGGAGAUGAGGAGUAGUGAAGAGACGAACGGGAGGAGUCGAGGUUAAGAUUCAGACUGAGCGUGGGGGAUGUGCACUUUUUCCGCCUGGGAUAUGAUUUCAGCAUGCAUGCAUUUUACGGUGUUUACUAAGGGGAAUUGCACAUGGACUAUCAAUGGACAUGGGAUAUGGAGUAGUCGGUCAUGGAGGCUGGUACGGUACGCUACGGUACGGUACGAUAUGACAGUACUGCAUUGCAUUUGCAUUCAGCGAGGGCGUUUCUUUUAUCUUCUCUUUCUUCCAUGGAGUCUCCGGCCUGUUAGGUGGGUUUGCGUAAAAACGGACAUGGGCGUGGCAUGGCAUGGCAUUAGUAUGGCGUAUACCCUUCCCCUUCUGUUCAGAUGCUUGGGUGCGGAACAAGUAGAUGGAUAAUAUCUGAUUCAAUGAGUUUAUUCCUGC